AUGGAAAAAGACACAGAAAAUACAACAAUUCAAUACCAACCACAAGAUGGCACACGAUCUAAUCACACCUGGUUCGACAACCUUGCCAUCAUCUUCACAAUCAAGCUUAUCUUUGCCAUCACAUUCAUAUACGUCUUCCCAUACAUGAACAACAUCGACGAGUCGUAUGGGACGGCGGUAGUGAUUGGUUAUGGGACAGCUUUUCUGGGGGUGUCUUUCUGGGCAACUUCGAAGUUUUUGGAUCAACCUGUACAAGCGCAUGGGCGUAGAGUAGUGCAUUAUGGUGAGGGGAGGAUCGAUUGGAGAAAUGAGAAGGUUUUUCUCAGUGAAGAUGAUGAGACAGAGGAUGAUGACUGUGAGCUGGAGAGUGAGGAGGACUCUGUAGUAUCAGAAGGCUCGACAAUUUCUGAGGAUGAGGUGGUAGAUUUGCAGUGUCUGUAA